AUGUACCAGACAGGAACUUUCAUGAUACUUGUGUCGUUCAUUGUGACAGGUUCUAUAGCAUCAAUCAUCCCAAAUAUCCCAAACAGACCCCUAUCUCCUCGAGAAUGCCGAAAUAUUCCACCAACUUGGAUCUCCCAGAUAUCAAGCGUCGCUCCUAAUUCAAGCUACUCAAAUGCCAUAAGUAGCAACGGUGCUGGUUCAUUCUUCGUAUACCAGAAUUUCACUACCGCUCUUCUCCAAUACAUAUCCUUCACCAUCCCUUCAUCCACACAGAGCCCCUCUAGCACAAAUCAAACCUGCACCCUCGCUGCCACCUUCCCAUUUUUCGAAUCGCAAUAUCUAGGUUGGUCACACACCUCACCUACUCCACCCGCACUCGAUAUCUCUAUCAUCUCCCCACCCUCCAAUUCUCCAUUCGAUAUCUCACCAACCUGGACUUCAACCUUCUUCCCCGAAAACUCUGAUUUUCCUCAGCAUUUUGGAGUACUCACACCAGUGGUGCGUCUCGAUACAACGAUUAAUUCAUUGCCAUGUCCUGAGAAUGGUGUGUUAAGCUUUGUGUUUCAGUUUGCGGAUGGCAUUGUGGGAAAUAAGAACGUAUAUGAGAUAUGGCCACAGUAUCCAGCGGGGUUGUCAUCGGGUUUACCGAUGACGGGUGUUUAUCUAAGUGUGUGCUGAUCGUGGAUGAUGGUAGUCAUUGGGUAUCGUAAUUUCUGAGUGGAAUGAAGUCCAACAUUGCUGAAGUCGCUCGAUCUCUCAGCUUGAAAUCAGAAGUUCCUGGAAGGAUUCGUCUGCGUGUCUCAAUACCAAUGCACAACGAUUAUGUCAAUAAAUUUCUGUAGUAGAUAUCUCAUGAUACAAAUCGACCACAUGAACUGAAACUGAAACUGUGGUCUGAUUGCUGCCAAAGGCGUAAAGAAAUAUACGUCCCCAGGUAGAUCCACAGGACUUACAGGCAAAUUUGCAUUUCUCCUUUUCGGCUAAAACUUAGAACUCCUUGUACGUCCAACAGGAAUGUCCCAGUCGUGCUCAACACAAUCGCAUCCUAUGGAUAUUCUUCUAUCUUCAAGAUCCUAAUCGUCAUGAAUAUUAAUGAACAUCUAGAUGCGUGCCAUACGAUGACG